GACUUGUAAGAUUCACAUACAAUAUAAAUAAAAACUCUACCCUGCAGAGUUCAUCACAAACCAAAACAAACAACUUAAAUCCUUUAGUCAUGAUGAUGGUUCCCAGUGUAUUUUCUUUCCUUCAGUUUUCCACUUUCUUAUAUCUCUUCAUCGUUACUUUUGCUUCCACUGAGGAAGCAAUUGCUCUCCUCAAAUGGAAAGCAACUUUCCUAAUCCAGAAUAAUUCUUUAUUGGCUUCUUGGACAUUAAGUACCGAUGCAUGCAGGGAUUGGUACGGAGUUAAAUGCUUAAAGGGUAGGGUAAACAUGUUGAACAUUACAAAUGCUAGUGUCACUGGCACACUCUAUGAUUUUCCAUUUUCAUCUCUCAUAAUUCUUCAAUAUGUUAAUCUUAGCAUGAACCAGGUCUCUGGCGCCAUCCCACCCGAAAUUGGUAAGCUCACUAAUCUUGUCUAUCUUGACUUGUCUGAUAAUCAGAUUUCAGGUUUAAUCCCACCACAAAUCGGCUCACUAACCAAACUUGAGACUCUGAACAUUUUUGACAACCAUUUAAAUGGUUCCAUUCCCGCAGAAAUAGGGAAACUUGUCAAUCUUGUUGAAGCUUAUCUUGGAAAGAACCAAUUAACGGGUCAUAUUCCUCCAGAAAUAGGUAGCUUGGUCACUGCAAAACUGUUUUAUGCUUUCUCCAAUGAAUUGUCUGGUCUCAUUCCUGCUGAAAUAGGAAAGAUGAAGUCCCUUGAGAAUUUAAGCUUACCAAAAAAUCAUUUUUCUGGUCCAAUUUCCAAAACAAUGGGUGAAUUAACUGAGCUCCAAACUCUACAUCUUUUUUCUAACAACCUUUCUGGUCCCAUUCCUAGUGAGUUCGAGAAUUUGAAAAAUCUCACUGAGUUGUCAUUAUACAAUAAUCAACUUAGUGGUUCAAUUCCAAUUACUCUAGGUGACUUAACUGAGCUCAAAUUUUUGUAUCUUUAUUCUAACCAACUUUCUGGUCCCAUUCCUAGUGAGUUGGGGAAUCUAAAAAACCUCACCGAGCUAGAUUUAUGCAAAAAUCAACUUAGUGGUUCAAUUCCAAUUACUCUAGGUGACUUAACUGAGCUCCAAACUCUGCACCUUUUUUCUAACAACCUUUCUGGUCCCAUUCCUGGUGAGUUCGGGAAUUUGAAAACCCUCACUGAUUUGGCAUUAUACAGUAAUCAACUUAGUGGUUCAAUUCCAAUUAAUCUAGGUGACUUAACUGAGCUUAAAAUUUUGUAUCUUUAUUCUAACAGACUUUCUGGUCCCAUUCCUAGUGAGUUCGGGAAUUUGAAAAACCUCACUGAUUUGGCAUUAUACAGUAAUAAACUUAGUGGUUCAAUUCCAAAUACUCUAGGUGACUUAACUGAGCUCAAAUUUUUGUAUUUUUAUUCUAACCAACUUUCUGGUCCCAUUCCUAGUGAGUUGGAGAAUCUGAAAAACCUCAUCGGGCUGGAUUUAUCGGAAAAUCAACUUAGUGGUUCAAUUCCAAUUACUUCAGGUGACUUAACUAAGCUCCAAAUUCUGCACCUUUUUUCUAACAACCUUUCUGGUCCCAUUACUAAUGAGUUCGGGAAUUUGAAAAACCUCACUGAGUUGGAAUUAUACAAUAAUCAACUUAGUGGUUCAAUUCCAAUUACUCUAAUUGACUUAACUGAGCUCAAAAUUUUGUAUCUUUAUUCUAACAAACUUUUUGGUCCCAUUCCUAGUGAGUUGGGAAAUCUGAAAAACCUGAGAGAUUUAGAAUUAUCCAGUAAUCAACUUAGUGGUUCAAUUCCAAUUACUCUAGGUGACUUAACUGAGCUCAAGGAGUUGAUUCUUAAAUUUAACCAACUUUCUUGUCCCAUUCCUAGUGAGUUGGGUAAUCUGAAAAACCUUAACAAGUUGGAGUUAUCCGAAAAUCAACUUUCAGGCCAUAUGCUAGACCAGCUUUGCCAAGGUGUGAAACUUGAGAACUUCACGGUGGCUAGCAAUAAGCUAACAGGUCCAAUACCACGUAGCUUGAGGAAGUGCUCUAGUCUGAAAAGGGUACACUUUAAUAACAACAGUUUCAGUGGGAAUUUAUCUGUAGCUUUUGGAAUCUAUCCCGAGCUUCAAUUCAUUGAUUUGAGUGAUAAUGAUUUUCAUGGUGAAUUCAACAGCAAUUGGGGGACAUGCAAGAAUUUGAUUAAUCUGCAGGUAGCCAGAAUAACAUUAGUGGUAGCAUAGCACCAGAGAUUGGAAAUGUCAAAGGACUUCUAGGACUUGAUCUUUCAUCGAAUCAUUUGAUUGGGCAGAUUCCUAAGGAAAUUGGAGAUUAACCUCUCUGGUUAAGCUUUUUGUGCAAAACAACAACAUUUCUGGCGAUAUACCUGGGGAACUUGGGUCACUGACAAAAUUAGAGUCCUUUGAUCUAUCAGGCAAUAGAUUGAAUGGGUCAAUCCCAAUUUUUUUAGGAGAUUACGUGCACUUGUUUCAGUUAAAACUGAGCAACAACAAAUU